UGCUCAUAAGACAAACACCAUGAAUCCCACCCCGAAUGGACUACUUUGUGCGGAUCUUCUUGUGAUCGUUUGCGCAGCGGCGUUAAAAAGCGUAUGUUUACUUGAACGUCUCUGAUGCACUGCUGUGCAUCCGGUAAGCGAUACCGACGCUUCGCUUCGCGCAACCACCACCAGGAACACGUGUGAUGUCGUCCACCUUAGAUCACUUAAAGAAGUACACAACAGUGGUCGCUGACAGUGGCGACUUUGGAACGAUAAAAGAAUACGAACCAAUCGAUGCAACCACCAAUCCCACAUUAAUUUUAUCGGCUUCCAAGCUUCCCGAAUACUCUCAGUUAAUAGAUAAAGCAGUCAAAUAUGCACAGAAAGAGAAAACUUUAGACGCCCAAAUAGAAACUGCAUUUGACCGUGUGUUUGUUCUGUUUGGCACUGAAAUCUUGAAGAUAAUUCCGGGUCGUGUUUCAACUGAAGUGGAUGCACGCCUUUCUUUUGACAGAGAUCAACAAGUACAGACCGCACGUCGUUUAGUUGCCAUGUACGACGAAAUGGGUGUUUCCAAGGAUCGGGUUUUGAUCAAGUUGAGCUCUACUUGGGAAGGUAUUCAGGCCGGAAACAUCCUGGAAACUAAGCAUGGGAUCCAUUGCAAUCUUACGCUGAUGUUUUCAUUGUGUCAAGCAAUUGCAUGUGCUGAGGCCGGGGUCACUCUGAUUUCACCCUUCGUUGGCCGCGUUCUGGACUGGCAUAACAGCAAACAUGGGGCGAAAACCUACGGACGCUCGGAGGAUCCCGGUGUCAAACUGGUCACUCAAAUCUACAGCUAUUACAAGUCUCAUGGCUAUCACACUUCAAUUAUGGGUGCUUCCUUCCGGAAUGUGGAUCAAAUUCUUGGUCUGGUCGGAUGUGAUUUGCUCACCAUUUCUCCGAGCUUGUUGGCACAAUUGUCUCGCAUGUCCGAAGUUCCUGAAGUCUGUCUCAGCGCCGAACGAGCCAAGGAUUCGAAGACGAACGACGCGCCUAUCCCUUCACCGAUGGAUGAGGCAACUUUCCGUUGGCUGUUGAACGAAGACGAAAUGGCGACCGAUAAACUGUCAGAAGGUGUCAGACGCUUUGCCAGUGACGCCAAUGCAUUGCGCGCAUUAUUAAAAGCGCGUUUGAUGGAGUCGAAGUGAUUAGCCUCUCUCCAAUCUGUUUGGCACUGCAAUUCAUGUGACAAUUUGCAAUUGAGGGAUUUGUUUAUUCCAUUCCUACCCCGCACCAAUCUUUGACAAUUCUAUCGAUCAGCAUUGGGAUUUUUUUAUUUCGAGCUACAUUUGAUCCCCACUUCCCCGAUUUUUCGAUAAUUCUCUUUUGCAGUUUCCCGAGAUUUUGGAUUUUUCUACAUGCUUUUACCGCGUAACUCUUUUCCUGUCAUGCUAUCUCGGAAUUACACUCGUGUCGUGAGAUUUCAUAUACAGUCUUCUCAUUCGCCUCAUGAUACUCAAUUAUGUGUUCUACUUAAAACAAUCUGCUAGACUACCGGA